AUGACUAGUGUUCCAUGUGAAUGCAAAAGACUUCGUAAAAAGUCUCACCACGCUAAUUGUCCCAUCAUUUUAAAAUUCAGUAAAUCCCUUGAUGCUAGUAAUUUUACUAAAUGUAAGGAUCACUUACGACUUAAUAGCAGUUAUAAGUCUAUAACCGUAGCCCAAGAUAAAACACCAUGUCAGCGCAGAAUAAUGCGUAGUAAUAACCUGGUCACCUCCACAAUCUUAGAUUUACCAAAAAAGGAUCGUGCACAGCAACAGACACCUAGUGCUGAAAAUAGCAUUCAGCAAACUACACAACAAACACGCUUGUCAAUGGAACUAGGAACUGAUUUAGAUACCAGUACCCCUGUCAAUGAAGUUGAAAAUUGA